AUCAGUCGCCUGAGGUGCUGGAGACCUGUUCUUAGUCUGCUUCCAUGACCACCACAGCUUCCGCAGAUUCUGCCUCCGUCAAACAUGGACGUCCGACAUUCACUGGUGCUAGGCUCGUCUAAUCAUUUCCCCGCCAUGAGACUGUCAAGUUGGAUGAAGGUACUUUUGUUUAAUGGCAGCAGCAUGUUCGGUUGAUCAUCGAAGGAUACGAGUUAACAAAUUUUUUGGAUGGAACGUUACCUGCUCCACCGCACUUUGUGCAGUCUCCGGAGGGCUCGCUUAUUCUGAAUCUGGAUGCCUCUACGUUCGUUCAACAGGACAAGUUACUUGCUUUCUGUUGUAGGUACGAAGCUAUCUUGCAUUCGUCACGAUCUUCACUCACUUAAAAAAGGUAGUCUCUCCGUCAAGGAAUAUGUAGCGAGUAUUCAAAAUACAAGUACAUUGAUAGAGGCUUCUGGAUCUCGGAUCUCAGAGGCAGAGAAGGUCGAAAUAGUACUUGUGGGCUUACCUCCGGAGUUCAAUGCCGUCCUUACCUUAGCAUCGUUCUCGUCGGAGCCUCUGCCACUUCAACGUCUCAUCGACGUGUUACUCGAGUAUGAGAGCCGCUAGGUGCGUGCGGUACAGGACGUGCCUCUUCAUGCCAAUCUUUUGGAAACUAUUCCAUCGUCGGCUCUGGUGGGCUCUGUCUGUGGUGGUCGUUCCCCGUCUGAAGGUCGCGGGAGAGGGUUUCGAUCCUGCAUACAAUGUCAGAUCUGCGGGUGGUUUGGGCAUUUAGCCCAGAGGUGCUUUUUCCGUUAUAACCGUGAGUAUGAUAGCCUAUC